AUGGCUGACAUAGAUCCUGAUAUAUAUUCGAUCAAAUCGCGUGAUUCUCUAGAGAAAAUAGUAAACAAAGUAGAUAUAGAACAUUUUAAAUGUGACUAUUGGGUCUCUCCUGCAACAGUUUUGAACAUCUUUGAUGAUCUGUCACGUGCAACAGACGAUAUCAAUUUAAACGAUUUACUUGUGUUCUUACACAACAUAAAAGUGUAUCCUAAAAAACGUGUACAACAAUCAAUAUUUAACAAAUCACCUCAAACACUUUCAAAAAAAUUAGAUAAAGUGUUUGAUGCAUUUUGGUUAAUCGUAGAUCCUGAAUCUCAUAAAUACGAUAACAAUGUUAGGUAUAAUGAACCACCAUUUCAAUUGUAUGGUGUCGAUUUAUUCAUGGCUGUUGACUCGACUUUUUUUCCAAUCCAAAAGCCCAAAGACAGAGAGCUCGAGAUUCAAUAUUAUAGCUUGAAACACAAAGAACAUGGAGUUAAACUGGAGGUUUGUGUUUCUCUCACUUCUGGAAGAAUUUGCUGGGUGUCACCAGAAAUAUACAGAGGUAUUUGUCAUGAUCUAACAAUAUCGAAUGCAAGUGGUUUAGUUAAAAUACCAUUGAGAGAAAAUGAAAGAAUAUUAGGCGAUGGAGCUUACAUCUCACAACAAUACGAGCACAUCUUUCUUACACCAGUUAGGAACAAUGCAAAUCUGCCAGCCGUACAAUUAAUACUAAACAGCCUCAAAAGUUCACAAGGAUCCAUCGUUAAAAAUUUAUUUUCUCGUGUUACUACUGGUGGUUGUUUAGAACUUGUUGAAUAUUGGAGAGGAGACGAUUUAGGAGAAUAUGUUAAAUAUAUAUACAUUAUUUUUUAUAUACUUGAUAAAUUUAUUCUCGCAAAAGAACCUUUGAGGGAUUGGAAUUAA